AUGCUGCCCCACCUGCCGCUGGAGCUGGUGCAGAUGAUCGCCGAGCAGCUGGACCGCGAAGCCGACCUCAACGCCCUCGUCUGCACCACCCGAUCCCUCUACAGUCGACUGAAUUGGCGUCUGUAUCGGCUCAACGCCUACCGCCACCUGGUCCCUCCCGGUCUACCGUAUCCCGACGCCGCCGCCGCCGCCGCCGAGUCCGAGUUACACGGCCAGUCCGCCAUCAACUGGGCCGCGCGCCACGGCCGCCUCGGGACCGCGCAGAAGUGGCUGAAGAUCGUGCGGCAGACACCGUGGAUGGACCAACUGCCGGCGAUGAUGCGAGCGACGGUGACCGAGGCGGUGUUCCUGGCCGCGGAGCACGGACAGCCCGAGCUGGUGCGGUGGCUGCUGCGCGCGGUCCCGGGGACGGAGGUGAAUGCCGUGAGCGGCGUGCGCUACGGGGACACGCCGCUGCUGGCGGCGGUCCGCGCCGGCCGGCGCAAGGUCGUGGAACUGCUGCUCGGCUGGGAGGGGGUCGACGUCCACGCGCGGAAUUAUUACCGGUGCAAUGCGAUCGCGCUGGCGGCGGAGGCGGGCCAUGUGUCGGUGCUGCGGCUGCUGGUGACCCGGACGGAGGCGGAUGUGGACGCGCGCGACUACGAGGGCAGCUCGCCCCUGUGGAUCGCCGCGAACGCAGGGCACAUGCGGGCGGCGGAGGUACUGGUCCGCGCGGGGGCGGAUCCCGAGAACGGGCACGGGCACGGGCACGGGCACGGCAACGGCGAUCCGCCGCUGUACGCCGCCGUGGACAGCGGCCAGAAUACCCUCCUCCGCCUCCUGCUGGAUACGGGCCGCGUCCGGCUCGACUGGCCGGUCGACCGCCCGCCCGUAGUCCUGGCGGCCGUGCUCGGGAACGCUGUCGCGGUGGACUGGCUGCUGGCGGCCGGCGCGGACCCGAACAGCCGGGACAACAACCGGAAAACGGCGCUGUUCCACGCGGCGCUAGGGGGCGACGAGGCGGUCGUGGAGCGCCUCCUCGACGCGGAGGGGGUCGAUGUGGACCUGCAAGAUUGUCAGGGAUGUACCCCCUUGUAUAUGGCGGUCGUGGAAGGACACGUCUCCGUGGUGCGGCGGCUGCUGGCCGCGGGGGCGGAUCCGGAGAUCUGCAACAAGCUAGGAUCGAGUCCGCUGGAUCUAGCACGGGCCAGGUCAAAGCGGGAGAUCAAGGCUCUCUUCCAGGUUACUUGA